CUGUCCCAAUCCAUCUGUGAAUGCUCAUUUCAGCUUAAAGGAAAAGCAACCAGGAUCCAAUAAGUAGAAGUCAAGAUUUCCCAAUAAUCAUUUUCAUAUCCUCCUCCAUCCAAACUCCCCCCCCCCCUUUCAAGUUUAUCCAAUAUCUUCCUUACUGCUUGUUAUCACACUUGUUCAAUAUAUCUUGUUGUGCCGAAAUGGCAUUGAGUGCUGAUAUUUCUGGUGUCAAGUUGGUGUUUUUGGGAAAUGUUGUUGGAGAGUAUGAACUUGAAGACUUGUUGCAUUCUGAUUUUAGUAUGUUGGGCAAGGGAACUUUAGGGAUGUCUUACAAAGCAAGAUUGGAGUUGGAGGACGAAUAUACUCUGGCUGUGAAGAGAGUGAACGUUGGUAGAUUGUCUGAAAUGGAAUUUAAAGAGAAGAUUGAAGAAUUAGGCAAAAUGGAUCAUGAAAAUUUGCUACCUAUCAGGGCAUAUUGUUGCAUUCAAGAGAAAAGAAUACUUGUCUAUGAUUAUAUUCAUAUGGGAAGCUUAGCUUAUCUCUUGCAUGGAAAUGGAGACGCAAAUAAGACUCCCCUGAAUUGGGACAUGAGGUGCAGGAUUGCUUAUGGAAUCGCUCGCGGUAUUGCCUACAUCCAUACACAAGGAUCUAACAUUUGCCAUGGAAACUUAAGGUCAUCCAAUGUGUUCUUUAACAGCCCUUUCGAUGUCCGAGUUUCUGAGUUUGGCUUAGCUCAACUUGUUCCCGUAGAAUCCAAACUGAUCCUAAAUGAAGGGUAUAGAGCACCAGAGGUGACUAGCAACCAUGAAGUUUCUCAGAAGUCUGAUGUCUAUAGUUUUGGAGUCCUGCUCCUGGAAUUGCUCACUGGCAAGGCCCCCCUGCGUGCUGUUCGCGAACUAGAAGGGAUAGACCUAGUUAAGUGGGUAAGGCUGAUGUUUCAGGAAAAACCCAUUCUUGAUGUUUUUGAUGAUGAUCUGGUGCUAAACUACGGGAGCGAUGAGGAACAAAUGGUUCAGUUGUUACAACUUGCGGUUUGCUGUACUUUCCAGAAUCCUAGUAAAAGGCCUUCAAUGGCUGCCGCGGCUAAUCGAAUUGAAGAAAUCUGCAGAAUUAAGUAAGAUACAGCCAUGAUCAGUCAGUCGUAGCUGCAAUCAAAUAUGUAACUUGAUCUUACUUGCUAUUUGCCAAUCACUUGAAACUCCAAAAGUGAUGCCUGAUACGAAGCUAAGAUAACAUGAAACUGAUCAACGCAUUGUCAAAUUUAUGGUCAAUUAUGGAGAUCAACCUCUCAGCUUCGCAGCUUUAUGUCUCUUCCCCUAUUCUUGAAUCAUGCAAAAACAUUCUCUCAAACCAAUCAGGACAA